CCACCUUUUCAAAGACUGCUCGACGAGUCGUCUGGGGCGCGGGUAAUUACCCCCCUUAGAAUAUUAGGAUGCUUAGAUAGGAAAACUGUGAACUUGUCUCGUGCGAAAAUAUUAAAAUAGUCUGCUGACCGAAGAACGAAUACGUGAUAGUGAAAGCACAACACUUGCCCAUCUCUAAACUCUCGAAUUUACUUACAGAAUAGCAGGCACGGUCUGGCUGGUUAUUUGACAUUUUUUAAUUAUAAAAAUUCCAGAAUAUGUUUCUACUACUUUGCUAAUCAAUUUUAUUUAAAUUAUCUGUAUGUGAUUGGACUAUACAGUCUAUUCUUUGAGUUGAACUGUGUCUUUGGACUGCAUAUCGAGGAGGAAAAUGGGGGAAAUGGGGCCUGGGGAAUACUUCAUUUGUGGGGGUUUCGGAGGAAUAUGUACAGUUUUAGUAGGACACCCCUUGGAUACAAUAAAGGUCAGACUGCAAACUAUGCCUAUAACAAAGAAGGGUGAACAACCACUUUACACAGGCACACUAGACUGUUUCAAAAAGACAAUCAGGAAUGAAGGCUUUAGAGGGCUGUAUAAAGGUAUGGGAGCACCACUGGUAGGAGUAGCCCCAAUAUUUGCAAUUUCCUUCAUGGGCUAUGGAGUGGGGAAGCAAAUUUUUGGUCCAGCUAAUGGUUCCCAGUUAUCAUACAUAGAGUAUUUUACUGCUGGAGCAUUUUCUGGCAUUUUUACAACUCUCAUAAUGGCCCCUGGAGAAAGAAUCAAGUGUCUUCUCCAAAUACAACAUGGCAUAAAUGCCCCUAAAGUUUAUGAUGGACCUGUAGACUGUUUGAAAAAGCUUUACAGGCAAGGGGGCAUCCAAAGCAUUUAUAGGGGAUCUGCUGCUACAAUGUUAAGGGAUGUACCCGCUAGUGGAAUGUACUUCCUCACCUAUGAAGCGAUCAAGGAUGCCAUCACCAACAAUCAAACUGAACCACCCAGUAUUCUAGGAACCAUUGUGGCGGGCGGGGCAGCUGGUAUAGCAAACUGGGCUGUUGGAAUGCCUCCUGAUGUUUUGAAAAGUCGCUUGCAAACAGACAUGUGUUCAAGACCGUGUCUGUGUACCUUGGAGAAGAAGUGCCCGUACUGCGCAUUUACGAACAGUCAGCGCCUGAUUCUGGACAAACUGUUAAGGCCCCGUGUACGGGUAUUGCAAAAUGUUCAAGUUGUACCACCACGCGAAACCGUUGACCCUUCGCUGAACGGGCACCCGCAAACGAUAGUGUUGUGAAUGAGCAACUCAAUCGCGACACGUGGAUCGAAGAUUUGGCGCGCAACUAGAACGACUAAAAACGGAACGGUGUGCAGUAAAUGACGAACUUGAUAUGUAGAAAUGGGACAAAAAACAACAACAACGUGUAGAAGCUCCCGAAGGAACUUACAAGAACGGUAUCAGGGACGUAUUCACCCAGCUGAUGAAGAAUGAAGGCGCCUCAGCUCUCUAUAAAGGAAUUACUCCAGUAUUGAUUCGGGCUUUUCCAGCAAACGCUGCCUGUUUUGUUGGUUUCGAACUUUGCAAGCAAUUUUUGGACUGGCUCUUCCCAAGACACAAACUUGUUGAAGUGUCUAAUAGAACUUGACCAAGUCAUGGGCGUGUUGGGAUGGUGUAUUAUAUAAUAAUAAUAAUAAUAAAUUGCCUUUAUUCGAUCCUUUUACGUAAUUUGUCCAACAUACAACAGUAGGCAUUGAUGAGUGACUAAAAUUUUGAGAAUCGAAUCGGUGGAGUGCCAACUCAACCGGACAUCCUAAUAUGAAAUUGACCUUUUUACGUAUAUGUUUUUUUUAAAUAAUUUGUUGAAAAUAAUUUAUAAAUACGUUUAAUAAUAAAAAAAUAAUCAUACAGUUCUAAAACAUCAUGGUGAAUGCAGGUGUUAGGUGAAUAUUAGGAAAUAUUUUUUCAAAUAGUUUUGUGAAGCAUACCACAUCAUUUGUGGCAUCCCGAAUAAGGACUGUGUGAAAAAAAACUUGUUAAAAAUUGUUAAAAAAGUACAUCUGGCGUUACUGGGACACCAAGACAUUGGAGUUUCGCUUCUCUCAAAACUACCUUUUUAUUCAUGACAUUAUCAAUUUAUUAGAAAUUUUUGAUACGCACAAUUAAAAAUUGUCGCUACAAAAGUUAUAUGGAACUCGAAAAUGACAAUGUUUUAGAAAACAAUGUAGGUUGGAAGUGAAUCUACCUCAACUUGUUUUUAUCAUGAAUAUACAGAUAUUUUUCUAAUGGGAGAUGAAGUAUUCUUAUUCAUACUUUGCCUAUGUAGUUAAAUAUAAAUAAAUAAACUUUUAUAUUGUUUA